AUGGCUUGCGUUGUUGGAGACUCUUUGAAUGUUCAGUGGAAAUUAAAUGAAGGCAAAGGUACCGUGGAUAAGAGAGGAAGAGUAUUCCUCACGCGGUUCGAAACAGCUCUUUUAGGUGCUUCUGGUGCAGAUGAAGAUUUUACGGAGGAGAGCACAGAAGGACAUGUUGUCGUCCACUUGAAUGCAGACCUUUUGCAUAGAAUCAAACAAGAACCAGUGGACAGCGGUGAAACGCCUGAACUUACAUGUGUCGCCUUACAAAAGGAUUCCAACGACAAUACUUUUCGGGAAACGCUUUUGAACGAAAGCAGACCUGACCCAAGCAAUGAUGACCGAGGAUGCGCAAGUCCUACCAUCCCAAUGAUGAAUGAAACAUCUGCUGAGAAUGAGUCAGGAAUCAUAAAUGAAACAAUUUCUCCUUGCAUUGGGGCCUCACCUGCCACAGCUACGACUCGAUCUCGAAGGAGCGUGCGUAAGCGCUUUUCAGUGCAGCGAUCAUCACCCGAAAUUGGAGUUAGUUCCUCUUCCACUUAUCAUAAUCUAAGCGUAAGCAAGCAAUCAAAGAAUGCGUUAUCAAUCAGAAGUGGUCAUAGAAAGAGAACAAAUACUGUGAAUCAACCUGCCUUUUCAAACCAGCUUGUCAGCGAAGGAAGCCUUGGUUCGACCGAUGCAUGUGACAUAACUGGUGAUGCCAGCGAUUUGUUCAAGCGUCGAUUCCGCAAGAUGCUUAAGGACUUGGUGGCUAAACGUAUGUUAAAAUUGCAACAUUCGGCAGUUUAUAGCGGUACUGUUUCAGCUUUAAGGCGCAAGGUGGCGAUUCUUGAAAGAAGAAACAUGCAGCUGGAAGAUAAAGCAGAGAGACUCCAGACAUCCAUGAUGAAUCUCCACAACGAGAAAGAGAAAAGGGCGACUAAGACUGUGUCACGUGGUACUCAAGUCUCUAUGGGAAUGAUCUUGAGUCGAGCAUGGUCUGCCUGUCAAGGGAUAGACAAAGCUUCAUCAUUUGCCUCAGAGGAACGUGGGUCCUUGGCCAUUCCCGGAGAUGGCCCUGUCAUUAUCAAAGUUUGCGGGAAACAGGUAAAUGAUGCAUCUGCGCGUGUUCAAAUACCAAAGCUUUCUGAGAUAAUGCGAGAGAAUACGUCGCAGCAACAGGUAGAAUCACAGCAGUAUACGCAUUCUCCCCAAACAGACAGUGCGCUACCCAAAAUUCAGCACGUUUCUUCUGGCAGCCUCCUUGUACCACAACAGCCUCGUCAACAACCUUGUGAUUUUAUACUUCCGGAACAUCGUCUUCUCUCAAACCAAACACUUAUUUCUCAAGGUAAUAGGGCCAGGCCUUUGCAAGAUCCAAACUUGCCCUCGCAAAGUUCGGGAAUAAACAAUUUACCUGUAAAUCGUGAGGUAGUAAUGGUGACAGAUCAGCCAGCACAACUUUCUGGUUUCAUAGGUUCCUGGCCAAGUAACUCUUCCUCUUCUGCUCAGCAGCAUGCAACCGGACCAGUAAAUCGAAUUGCCACAGUUCGUCCUCAGCAGUUCAUUCCGUCCUCGGCAAACAUUUCAUUAGCUCAAAAUGUUCCACCGCAAGCGGCUCAAAUGCCAACCCUACCUCGACCUCGGCUGGAGUCAAUGAAUCUUCCAAUACCGAAAGAUAACACAGCUAAUAUAUCCACAAUCAUCAGCCAAAUUCUCCCGCCAGUCCAUCAAACUGACUUGUCAUCAUCAAGGCCUGCAAUGACGCAGACUCAGAGUGGAAAUGCACGUACUGCAUCAAUGUCAAGUACUGUAGGUAGACGUCGACGACCUCCAGGUGGCUGCUUCUGUUGCCCUCCGGAUCCGAAUCAAAGACAUACAGUUGGAAAUCAAAAUCCAGUACGAAGCGGAGACGAUUUGCGCUUGCAUCCAGGAAGUAAUCACGAAGCAACUCGUGGGCAAUUUUCUACCACGAACCAAGUGUCACCUUCUAUAUGUACAUCUGGUGCUCGUACUCAGGGGAGUUUGUCGGAGUUGCAGCCUUUGCCUUAUCCACAACAGUUCUUUCCAGUCACACAAGCAUCGAACAAGUCAAGUUGUUCCGUUCCGACGGGAGAGCUUGCUAAUCAGAUACGCUCAUCCGGUCCAAAUCAUCACCAACGUCAAAAUGUUUUGCCAGGUCACGUGAACUCUCCAAGAGCCGGUAUGUUAUGCUCACAGGCCUUACCCACUAUUCCAGAGAGUAUAAGAAGUGCGCAUGGUAAGCAACUGACUGGAGGCCCUCCACUCCAAAUUUCUUCCCGGGCAGUGCCACAACAAUCGGAAAUACAGAUAUCUUCCAGCGUAGUCCAAAACCCUCUUAAUCAAGAGUGGUCCAGAAGUCAUCCCCGAGAAUCCAUCAGAGCUCCGGACCAACCACUUAGUCCUCUUAGUGGGGUUGAUUUGCAUCCAGCUAGUCACCCGGCACAACGGCAAAUGUUUCACUUUACUAAAGAGCAAAUUGCAUGUAAUAGUGAUGGUGGUUACGCGACGACAAUUCGCCAGUGCAGUUCUCAGCAGCAUCCUCAGCAACAGCAACAGUUGCCUACACAACCAUAUAUUCAAAUUCACCAACAACAGGUGCCCUUACAGCAGCAUCCGCCUCGUCAGGAACUGGAACAGCAACAGCAGCGACAACAACAGCAGCGACAGCAACCGCAGCAACAGCAACAACUACAAAAACAGUUGCACCAGCAUCCGAGGAGAGCAGGUUACGUGCCGCCCACUCCAAUACUUCCUAAGCCAGACUCAAGGGCACAUCAAUAUUGGCAACGCAACCCUCAAUUUACAGCAUCAGGUGCUUCGCAUUGUGGAACAUCUGUUCCACAACAGUUACCGGCUGCUCUUAAUACUGCAAGCUCCAGCAAUUUCUGUCUAAACCAGAGACCUCCCAUUCAAACACAAUUCCUUAGACCUUAUACUCCGCAUAAUGUAAGAAAUGGAGCCUAUUUGCAGCAACCAAUCCAACCGUCAGUCCAGCAAAAUCAAAGUAGUGUUCAAACAUCCUCAGCCCCAGUUUCGCAGCUCAGUGUUAAUAUGGUGCAGAUCUCGAAGUCAGUUUCCCUUCAAAGGGAAAGAACGGGUGCAGGAAGUACACAACAUAGUCAGACUUCGUACUCCUCUAACACACGAGCUUGUCUCCAUCCUAAUACUACACACUCGUCAUUACCACGCCAGAGGCCAAAUGAUUCGGAAAGAAACUCAGCAAGAGCAGCAAAAUCAAUCACACCCACGAUUUAUAACGCGGCGAACGAACACCUGCUUGAAAGAAGAACGUCUUUUACAACUCCAAGUAUAGCUACUACAUCAAUAAUACCGACCAAUAGCUUUCGAUCUGCCCCGCAGAGUCCAUCGAUGCCUUCAGAACCACUGCUAAACAGCCCGACCAAAACGUUGCUGCCUGCCACUCGUACACCUGAACCCAGAAAUAUACCAUUACGAAAUGCGCAAGGGUCGGAAUUGAAAGGCAAUGAAGCAAUAACUGACGAGGCAUCUUGCCCGGCUACAGCUUUGUCUUCUAGGACUGGUUUUACCACUCGUUUGUUACCUGUUCAGAACUUCGUAGGAAUGAAACUGUCAGACAAUUUUAAGAACGUGAAUAAUUCGGAGACGGAUGGAAACAAUAAACCGUUAGAUUCACAAAGAGAUGUUGCUGGCCAGAUCGUGAAUUUUUCAGAUAUAACAGAAAAGGGUGACAAAGAAGGCCCGCAACUUCAAAAAGACAAAGCUUCUUACUUAAAACCUAUUCUUGGUGUAGAGCAAAGUAGUAAUGGUAUCGUGUUGUCAUGGGAUCUAACCAGCAGAGAGUACGAAUCAAAAGUUAUUAAGUAUGAACUGUUUGUGACGACGGCUUCCAGCGAAUCAACAGGAUGGCAAAGUUUGGGUGUCGUGGACGCCCUUGCACUUCCCAUGGCUUGUACAAUGACGCAGUUUCUUCCAGGAGCCUCUUAUUAUUUUACAGUACGCGCUAUUACAGAUGUGGGUGACUGCGGUAGCGAGAUGUUUAGUCAUCCUUGCUCUAUAACUGUUCUCGAAAGUAAUCAGAACUCUUCCUCUGUUAGUCCCGUUUAAAUAACAGGGCCGUUUUUUAUUUCAAAAUCUCUCCUUCGCUAAGUGAUCUCUGAUUGUUGUCAAGAGUAACUAUUCAUCGAUCAAUAAUGUCAUAGACUUUGACUGAAACGGCAAAUGUGGUGAUUAUUAGAUGAGUCUUGACAUAUGCAACACUAACAUAGCUUUUGAAGAAAGGCCUGGGGCUUUAAACUGCGGGCUUUAUUAAGACGCUCAAAUUUAGAUUUAAACGAGAAAUUUGCUCAUUGGUUCACCGACAGGGUGAAGUUAGAUUGAUUUCUAUUUGUUAUGAAACGAUGCAGCUGUCAUUUCUACAGGGACAGUUGAUUCAAUAUCGCUUCUUGUCGUGGAGAAAUAUAUUAAAGGCAUUGAAGUAUUGACAAAAAAUAACUUCCUUUCCUUAUUAGGUUGAUCAAACAAGCUCGUCUCAGUGCCCUACUCUCUUUUCCUUCUUGUCUUUUCUUGUUCGACAGUUUUGGGUUUCACGAAUGAGCUUUUUUUAAUCGACGGAAUAAACUCACCAGUAGCUUUUAAGCCACACUAAGCAGCCUCCUU